UAUCAUCAAUAAAAUAUAAUACAUAUCACAAUUCCCAAUCUACUUUUUUCCUCCCACUUUCUCUUCCACUUUCAUCCAUUAAACAACAUUUUCUUUCCAAUUCCCUCUAAUUCCCUCCCUUCCAAACUUAACCUCCCCUCCAAAUUUUCCUACCCUCCCCUCCUUUUCCUCCCUUCCUUCAUGAACAUAGUGUAAAUGCAUUGGCGUAGCCAGAGAUAUAAUUUAGUGGGGUCCAAACAUAACCAAAUACGAAGUUUGGCUCGAUAGUAAAAUCAUUGUCUCGGAAAGAGGGGGUCCGUGGUUCUAAAUAAACUAACCCCACCUUAAAAAUCCACCAUUCUUAAUGUAUAUUCAUUUUCCAAGUGGGGUCCAUGGACCCCACAACCCUUAACCUAGCUCCGCCAAUGUCUAAAGGAAUGAUCGUGUGGACUUGAAUACAAAGUUGUAAACACUCCAUCAAACCUUUCUGCUGACUCUAACAUGAUAUAGGUGGAGUUUCACAUGGUGGAUACAUCCAAAGACACCAAUUUGCUUGAAUCCACAUUCACAAAGUGUUAGUAUACUCUUAUAUUUUAAAUUUGAAUUACGUGUCAGGCUCACAGACUCAAAUGUAUCUUACGUGUAAUGAACCGUCAGACACUUCAUAUCCCAUUAACUCCACUAAAAACCUAACAUAGCGAAGACGGAAGGAAAAUUGGCUAGAUAUUUGUGUAUUACUACUAGGUGUAGGUCCAUUUAACACGAACCUUUGCCCAAAACAAGUAACUUUGCCUACAUUCCCCUCAAAUUUCGGAACAAAUACGGUCACAAUGGCAACAAAACUGAACGCAUUUGAUAAUUCACCAAGACAAGAAAUAAUAUGAUAAAUGCUAAGAUUUAUACUCGAUUACAGCAAUAGAUUCAUUCCAUUACUAUGGAAAUAACAAGGGAAAAUAAAAUGAAGCAAUCUUUAGUAAUUUUAUUGUUGAAAACGUAAACUGGUGUAUUUGUUUUGGGAAAUAAACAAAAAGCGAUCAAUUAUCAACUAGCUGUCACAUGGGAGAGCCAACCAAUUGGAGAAUAAUAAUUAGUUCUUCCAUUUUCCACAAAAAUUAAUUAGUGACCCGGGCAAUAAGCAAAUAAAUUAAGCACAUUUAGCAAAACAGUGCUCAGAACUAUCUCGAAGGAAAUAGAUUCGUAUCUUAAAAUUUUACCAUUGCUCUCGUUCUCAUCACCCAACAAAAUUUAAAACAAGACUCUUUUCCCUGAUAACUAAGCCACGAGCUAGAGAAUAAAAUGUCAUUAAGUAAGACGGGUCAUAUUAUUCGUGCAUUCCAUUAAAUGUCCCAUGACUAGAUAGAACCAUCAUUAUGCACGUUUAAUUCCACGCAUAGUGUAACAUUUUUAUUUUUCGUUAAAUCAGUGACUUUGAUUAAUGUAAUUAAAAAAAAAUUCGAAAUGAGCCCUGAUCCUCCUGAUACACAGAAACAUAAUUCCUAGGGUAGGAACUCUUUAGAAGCAAAACUUCAAACUAUAAUAUUUAAUUUUUGCUGCACUUGUGUACCAUUACAUAACCACUAUAUCUCAUUCAUUUUAACUUUGAUUAAUUUUUUUUUCAAUGAGAAAAAUGUAUUAAUUAAGACCAACACCUUGAUAUCUAUUUUCAUAUUUUUAGAAAAAAUUAGAUAAUUUUAUGAAUGUAGUAAGUAGUGGCCGAGCAAAAAAUCUAAACCAGGGGGACUAAAAAUGUACUUUCAGAGAAUUUAAAUUGGUGAGGAGGGCUAUAAUCUUACCAAGUAUUGUAUUUCUCAAAUUUAUUAUCAAAAUUACAUGUAAUUUUACAUGAGUUACACUAGUGGUAAGACAGUGUUACGCCGGGCAAAACUUUGUAUAACAUAUGAUGAACACAUGUGGUACUUGAGUGUAACCAUUUUUUGUCCAAAAUUCGUAACAAAUAAAUUUCAUCUUGUAGAGCAUAUCCAAUUCAUUUUUUUAAAUCAUCCAACUUAAAAUAGAUGAGAUAUGCUAAUGAUUUUACAUUGAAUUAGACAGAUAAGAUUAUACCCCUAUUCCGCUCUCAUUUCAUUCCCUAAAAAAGAUACACUACCUUUAUACAUUUUUUAAAACCUAUUAUAAACUUUUACUUUUAUUUAUAUUUUAAACCGAGAAAUUACGCUAAGAUUUACAUAAAAAAAGAAUUUAGUUUCUCUACACAAAAAAAAUACGCAUCUUUAUACACUACAGUACACUGUCACAUGCCUCCAAAAGAGGCCACACGCGCCUAAUUUUCGACACGUCGACCUCACUCGCUUCUCCCCCACGGGAUGAUAUUAAUUAAAGUAUAAAGAAGGAAGAACCCAACACUUUGGCUAGCCUUAGCUGGUAGCCAGUUUGGCAAUUUCGGCCGCAGUUCUUUUUUUUCUUUCCCUUUUUCUUCUCUCUGAAAUUUUCCAUCACUUUCGUCGGCGAGGAAAUUAUAAGAGCUGGCGAAAGUUUCUUCUUCGUCGUGGCCAUACCGCCUACAGAGAGACGGAGGAGGGAGUGAGAGGAAGGGGAGAGAGAGAGAAUCAAGAGAGAAAAUUUCUGGAAUCUGAUUACAUAGAUUGGCUGUAUAAUUUUGUGGGUUUUUUCUGGGUUUGAUUUCUUCUGUUUCGUUAUUCUUUCCUGUUCCUUCAGUUCUUCACUCGGCAUUAGAAGGAAAGGGAACGGAAAAGGGUGAAAAAAAGAAGGAAAGUAAAAUAGCCGCGUUUCCUUUUCGUUUAUACUCUCUCUCUUUAUCUCUUUCCUGGAAAAUCCGAGAAAACGAAGGAAAAUCAGCGCAGCCAUAUCUCCGCCGCGUUGAUUUUUGGGUUUCACCCAGCUUAGUCUCUGUUGAUACAUUUCGCAUUUUACCCUCCUUUAAAUUUUGACGUUGACCAUUGAUUCUCUCCUUCUGCAACUAUAAUGCUUCCCCGCGUCCGUCACAUUUUCCAGAAGAGUCGUCUUCUACAUCUCCACCACCAUUUAUAAUAAAAGCCAGAAACACUCACUACCUUCAUCUUCUAGAGCCGCCCAAACCCAAACCCAGUUUUCGGAAGAAAGAAGGGGGGAAAAAAAAGAUGGCUGCAAAUGGCGGAUUAUUCAGGUCAGAUUUACUGGGUCUGUUCGGCUUCUUCGCCGUGCUGAUUCUUUCCUCAUCCUUCUGCCUCGGGAUUCGUUCCGUCCCCGACGGCGCGGAUCUAGCCGGGUUGCUCCGAUUCAACGAAGCCCCCGAGUACCGGAACGGAGUCGGGUGCCCGACUUUGGGCCCGUCAUCGUGCGACCCGUCUCUGGUCCACAUCGCCAUGACCCUCGAUUCGGAGUACCUCAGGGGCUCGGUGGCCGCCGUCCACUCCGUCCUCAAGCACGCUUCCUGCCCGGAGAACGUCUACUUCCACUUCAUCGCGGCGGAGUUCGACCCGGCCAGCCCGCGGGUCCUGAACCGGCUCGUCCGGUCCACUUUCCCUUCCCUCCGUUUCUCGGUCCACAUUUUCAGGGAAGACAAGGUCAUCAAUCUCAUCUCCUCCUCAAUCCGGCAGGCCCUGGAGAACCCGCUCAACUACGCACGGAACUACCUCGGCGAUCUGCUCGACCCGUGCGUGGAGCGGGUCAUCUACCUGGACUCCGAUUUGGUGGUGGUGGACGACAUUCAGAAGCUCUGGAGCACGAAAUUAACCGGGUCGCGGGUCAUCGGGGCGCCCGAGUACUGCCACGCCAAUUUCACCAAGUACUUCACCCCGGGUUUCUGGUCCGACCCGGUCAUGUCCCGGGUCUUCGCCUCCCGGCGGCCGUGUUACUUCAACACCGGUGUGAUGGUGAUGGAUUUGGUGCGGUGGAGGGAAGGGAACUACAGGAAGAGGAUUGCGAUGUGGAUGGAGAUUCAGAGGCAGAGGAGAAUUUACGAUCUGGGUUCCCUGCCGCCGUUUCUAUUGGUAUUCGCCGGAAAUGUCGAGUCCAUCGACCACCGGUGGAACCAGCACGGCCUAGGAGGUGAUAAUGUGAGGGGAAGCUGCCGGUCGUUGCAUCCGGGUCCGGUGAGCUUGCUGCAUUGGAGUGGGAAAGGGAAGCCGUGGGCUAGGCUCGAUGCCAAGACUCCUUGCCCGCUUGAUCAUUUGUGGGAGCCUUAUGAUCUCCACCAUGAAAGCAGCAUGAGCAGCAAGACGAAUGAUCUGAGUUCUGCAUCAGUGGCUGGUCUUUCCAGUUACUUGUGAAAAAGAAGAUUUGGCUGUUGGUUGGGGUGGAGGGGUUGAAUUCUUUGUUUCAUAAACAUUCUUUUUCGGCUUCACACAUUCAAAGGGGAUUGAUUCUUUGAUAGAUGUGUACAGAUUAGAUAAAAGGAGGGCUAUAGCUAGCUCUCUCCUUCUCUCUGUGUUUGGAGGUGGAAAUUUGCCAUUUGGGAGUGGGGGAUGAACCAGAAAGUUGCAGAGGCAGAAGAGAAAUUCCUCUUGGGGGGAUUUGGAUUGUGGGCUCUGUAAAUUUUCUACCUUUUUGGUGGGUUGAUUUGUGAAUUCUUUGUAUUUCUGCGGAGGAGGGAUUAUAUGUUUGUUUGUUGAUUGAGUUGAUGAUUGAUAUGCGAUUCCUUCUUUUUCUCUAGAGUUCUCUUUUACGUAUUGGGAGAUGUUGUAGUUCAUUCCGGAGCAUUGGGUUUUGAAUGGUGGAUUGAUUUCUUCUUUCUAUGUAAAUGGAACUCUUCAGUUUUGUUGGGGGAGGAAGAUGAUGUGAACAAUAAUAAUAUCCUUCAGUUCAGUCAGUCGUCCAUUAUUUGAUGUUUACCAUCACAACAUUCCAAUCUUUGAGUUAACCAAGUGCAGUUCGAGUAAGCAAACAUGUCGCUAAUUUCUAUUGCAAUGAAUUUGUCGAGUAUUCAUAGAUCAUAGGUACCAUGGCAUACCAAUGUCGCCAUCAUCGGGUAGAAUAACAGUAACUAGUGAGUAAAAAGGAGUGAGAAAAAAAAAGUGAAAGAUCUGCAGAUGUCAGAUGAAGCUCAUUGCAUCUCUGGUAACAUUUUGAUUUAUCAAUUCAUAUAUGUAAGGGUUGAUGAUUGAUUAAGAACAAGACAAGAAGAUGGAGAAAGGUGAAAAUAAAGAGCCAAAACAUGAAGGGAGGGAGCAGAGCAGACAAAGGCAGACAAGUUGUUGUGCUCUGCUCCACAGGCAGAGCCAGCUCAUAACCUAGUGGUGUUAGCCUGUUGCCUUUGAUUCCCCGUUGGACCAGGCAAGCCAAACCAAGGUUAGGUAUAUGCUUUGCUUUCAGUUCAUUUUCCCAUUUGUGUUGAUUUCUUCCAAGUAUUCUCUUCACCUUAAUUUUCUGCAAUGUUUUUUAGGAAUAAGACGGACGGUUGGUUGGCUUUAAGUAAGUUAUCACUACUUAUCAGGAGGUUAAGGGUUGGUUUGGGGCCCUUGGGGAUCAUGGAAUCAAUGAAGGACACACACGACUUAGGGAAGAAAGAAGAGUUUGUUGGAUUUCUCUUUAAAAUUGCAGCAAGUCAGCAUCAUGGAAGAAGAAAAUGCUUGAGUGGGAGUGAAAACAAUGUUUGCUCAUGAUAACGGGAAGUUUGGCUGCUGCCUUAUCUUUUCACUAAAAGCUAAUGUAACUAUUUGUAUUGGUUCUUUCUAUUAAGGGAGGAGGAAAAUUAUAUAAUAUAGUAAUGUGCUUUUAGCCUGCACCACAGUUUGGGAUAUGUUGGAUUAAUUGGAAAACGGUUGGUGUUUAGAAGGUAAAAGAUGGUUGUCUAGGCUGAAUUUUUACCAAAUUCACAAAUUAUACACUUCUUAGUUCUUACCAUUAGUAAAGUUAUAUUUCUUUU